AUGAAGCUCGAUCUCGCCAUUCUUCUCUCGGCCCUUUGUGCCAAUCCGGCACUUGCCCUCGUCGCACCAAUUUCCGACCUUGCGCGACGUGAGCCCGCCGAGCCCAUUCAGAUCAUCGACCGCGACAUCGACACUACUUCGCAGGAACUUUGGAAGCGCCGAGGCGGAGGUGGCGGCGGCGGUCGCGGUGGUGGUGGUAGCUCCGGUGGCGGCAGCAGCAGUGGAGGCGGCGGCAGUUCACCUGGAGGCUCAUCCGGUUCAGGGAGAGGCGGCACUGGCAACACCGGCAGUGGAAGCAAUGGAAACACUGGUCCUGGUUCAACAGGCCCCAAAACAUCGCCAACUUACAAUGCUGGUGGAGCAACCAGAGCUGGAAGCGGACCGAAGCCAGCCUACGGCGGUGGCCGCUAUUACGGAGGUGGUGCGGCGCGACCUUACCAGCCUGGCACAAGGUCUCCAUCCGGUAUCGCCCCCUUUGCUCUUGGUGCUGGUAUAGGGCUUCUCGCCGUCUGGCCCGCCGUUUGGCUCUAUGGUGCUUAUAUGUACCCGUACCACAACUUGCACACCUACCACAACCAGACCUCCGAUCAGGACGAGACCCGCAACGUCACCUGCGCCUGCGACCCGUACAACACCUGCGGUUGCGACGAGAACACCAACAGCACCUAUAUCGACGACCUUAUCGGAAACGGCAGCUACUCUGCGAUGAACCAGACCCUUAUUACCGUUGCCACUGUUAACGGAACCGACUAUCUCCUGAUCAACGGCACCUUGCCUAACGGCACGACCGCGGCCGGCGGUACCGAUGAUGAUGAAAGCAGCGCUGCUGGCCUCCAGAGGUUGCUAGAGCAUGCCGGAUGGUGGCCUGUUGUGGCGACUGUUGCGGCAACCGUAUUUUUUGCCUAA